CGUCGUGAACUCUUCGAUAACCGCAGAUCAAAACACCAACCAACAAUCACCAUGAAAUUCCUGAUUGUCUUCGUCGCCCUCUUCGCCGUGGCUCUGGCUGCUCCUCCUUCAUCUAGCUCAGAUGCCCAAGUCCUGCGGUCCGAGUCCGAUGUUGGACCCGAAAGCUUCAAGUACCUCUAUGAGACUUCCGAUGGAAGUGCUGCUCAAGCUGAGGGACAGCUGAACAACGUUGGAUCUGAGAACGAGGCUCUCGUCGUCCGUGGAUCCUACUCCUUUGUGGCCGAUGAUGGAAUCACCUACACCGUCAACUACAUCGCCGAUGAGAACGGAUUCCAGCCCCAGGGUGCUCAUCUGCCCGUUGCCCCUGUGGCCUAAGUGAAAUUGUUCACAUUCUGAGCAGUUUUAUAGCCAUACAAUCCUUCCCAACUCCUUGUUAAUAGCCCCAA